ACUUACGGUGGCGAAACAUCGCGGAGAAUAAGUUUAUCGACUGCAGUCAAACUGUGACAGUCAAACAGUCAAACAGUGUUAACAUGUCUGAGUGUUUCCCUUCUUCUUGACGGCGGAGAGGCAGCGUUUUCAUGAUGUCGGUCACCACAGUGGAGGCGUUUCCAUGAUGGCCAAACUGAGGAGCAAACUUUAAACAAGGAGUCUUCUCUUAUGCCCGUUAUCACCUUAAUAUAAGCAACACCACCAUGGCAUACUCUACUUUUAUCUCCAUAUUAGCUUUUAGUUUGUACUUCGGCGUGUCCAAGUGUUACUUCGCGAUACCGCUGAAGAUUUACCCGGGGAAGUUGAAUGUGUCCUCGGAGCUGAGUCGCAGGGUGGUGUUGACGGUCGAUGGGACCGAUGGGACCGGCCUCUCGCUGGCCUCGGACCCAAGCGGCACCGUGGACUUCCUGGACAUGGUGGACAACCUGCAGGGAGACUCUGGGAGAGGCUACUACAUCGAGAUGGCUCUUGGUACUCCUGGGCAAAAGGUGAACAUCCUGGUGGAUACGGGCAGCAGUAACUUCGCCGUGGCUGCAGCUUCACACCUAUUCAUUACUCACUACUUCAACACUGCACUCUCCAGUACAUACCAGUCAGUUGGCCGGACUGUGGGUGUCAGAUACACGCAGGGAAACUGGGAAGGUGAACUGGGCAUCGACCGCGUCUCCAUCCCCAACGGCCCCAACGGGACCUUCAUCAUCAACAUCGCUGCCAUCCUGUCCUCCGAAGGCUUCUUCCUCCCCGGGAUCAACUGGCAGGGCAUCCUGGGACUGGCUUAUCCCAUGCUGGCACGGCCUGACUCGUCCGUGGAGCCCUUCUUCGACUCCUUGGUGCAGCAGCUGGGAAUCCCAGACAUCUUCUCCCUCCAGAUGUGCGGUGCUGGGCUGUCAGCCAGCAGCACAGCGGACCCCAUAGGAGGCAGUCUUAUCAUAGGCGGGGCUGAGCCGGCUCUGUAUCAGGGGUCCGUGUGGUACACCCCCAUCGUAGAGGAGUGGUACUAUCAGGUGGAGGUUUUGAAGCUGGAGGUGGGCGACCAGAAUCUGGACCUGGACUGCAGAGAGUACAACAUGGAUAAAGCUAUAGUCGACAGCGGGACGACACUGCUGCGUCUUCCUGCCAACGUCUUCAAUGCGGUGGUAGACGCCAUCACACGCACCUCUCUGAUCCAGGACUUUUCAUCAGGGUUCUGGGAUGGCACCAAGUAUGCGUGCUGGUUGAAGGGAGAGACACCCUGGAGGUUUUUCCCCAAACUAUCCAUCUACCUGAGGGCCACGAACACCAGCCAGUCCUUCCGCAUCACCAUCCUGCCUCAGCUGUACAUCCAGCCAAUCACAGACGUGGACGGCACGCUGGACUGCUUUCGUUUCGGGUUGUCGUCGUCAGCCAAUGGCCUGGUGAUCGGUGCUACCGUUAUGGAGGGCUUCUACGUGGUGUUUGACCGAGCCCAGCGGAGAGUGGGCUUCGCUCUCAGUAACUGUGCAGUGAGCGGGGGGGUGGCCCUCUCAGAGAUCGCGGGGCCCUUCUCAGCAGCAGACGUGGCGGCUAACUGCUCCAUGGGGCCUCAGAAGGAGCCCCUCCUCUGGAUGAUCUCCUACGCCCUGAUGGCGGUGUGCGCGGUGAUCCUGGUGGUGCUGCUGCUGCUGCUGCUGGUGCUGCCCUGCCGCUGCAGAGCGCGCUCCGGGGAGAUCACCGACGAGUCCUCGCUGGUCCGACACCGCAUCAAGUGACUGAGAGGGAACGGGCCGAGGAGCAGCGAGCAACACACACAAUCCACGGAGGCGGAGAAAGUUGUGACGCUCGCCGCCGAAAGCCUGACUGACACUAAACUGCACUCUUCAGUUUUACCCCAUGGAGGUACACACAGACAGAUAAACUGACCCCUGAUGGGAAAAUCCACCACAAAAACAUUGCCUUAAAAACAUUGCCUAAAAACAGCUGUUGUGGUCUUCAUGGUUCAAAUGUCUUCUUUGAUGGUGCCUCUUUCUUGUUCUCACAACAUGUCAUAUGUGACAUAAAGAAAAUAUGCAAUUUCUACUACACCGACUGCAGCUUUAAAAAAGUUCAUAACGUUUGUAGCUACAGAACAGUUUUUACUGAUGGGUAUGAGUUGCUUUUUCUCACCUGGAAACUCUUCAAUUUGAGUGUAGUUUGAGAGAGCACUAAAAUCCAACUCGUGCUUUUUUUCUUGAGACCUCGCAAAAGGUAUUCUGGGAAAUGUAGGACAUCCUCCUUACAGACAAUCACAAGAUGCUUACCAACAAUUGAUGCAUUUUGAACAAUUUUAUAACUACUGAUUUUUUUCUCUCUAGGCAAACAGUGUUUUAUUAAUGUCUAAAUGCACGACCUGACAACAAUGUGCCCUCUCUGUCUGAUUUACUACAGUGUGUGAUCAAUGAAGGAAUGCUUCUGGUGCCUUCUUAUAUAAAGUGGUGCAGGAAUUAUGUUUUUUUUUGUAGGCCAUCCAAGAAGUUAGUAUGGCAAAGGGCUCCCUCAACAAAAAGCAGUUCGAUUUUUCUUUGGAUUUUGCAGAAAUAUUAACUCUUAAUAUUACAUUUCUGAAGUAAAAAGCUAUUAGGCUAUAAAGAAACUACAGUACGGUCAUAUGACUUCACAUCACUAGGCUAAAGGCGGCUAAUGUUCGGUGUGAUGACGUUUAGUCGUCUCAUUUAGACACUUGUUAGCAACCGCUGUUUUGUCGACGGUUGCGACUUUGAGUAAAGCGGAGGUGGUAAAAUGCUGACCCAUUUCCGUCUAUACGGACCACUCUAUUUUGAAGUUAGGUUCAAUUGAAAGCCUGCCUGUGUGUGUGUUGAAGUAGAGAAAAGCUGCUCAAACGAUCACUGUUAUUAGAAGAAUAUUUGUUCACACGUUUACAGAUCCUGUAGUGCCUUUGAGUCUCUCUGCUGACACACUGGCCGUUUCUCAAUGUCGAGUAUACCUGCUGCAGAGCCACUAUUUCAAGUAUACUACGUC